CGUCUGAGCUGGGGCCGCUCGGUUCUGACCAGCGCGUCUGGCCCUGGCGGGGUCCGCGCCGCCGAUGGAGACUGAUUUUGGAAAAGACUGCUUCUGAAGAUACUAAAGAAGGAAACAUUUCUGUUAACAAUUCAUAAGGAGCUAAUAUUCCAUUUGCUUAGGAUUAGAAGACCAGCUCAUUCUUAGAGUCUUCUGAAAUAAAAUUAGAAUGGAUGGGUCAGAUGAAUAUUCCCAUAAUUCGAUUGACCUACAAUGUCUGUUAAAUUCAUUUCCUGGAGACUUGGAGUUUAAGCAGAUCUUCAGUGACAUUGGUGAACAGAUGGAACAAAAUGCUACAAGCAUAGAGCAUUGCGUUGAAGAAAUUCAGUCUGAAGUAAGCAAGCUCUGUCCGGAUGUGCAGCUGCAAACAACAACUGACUGCUUCAAAUGGCUAUCUAGCUAUAGUUAUAAUUUGUCUAAGUCACCAUCCAUUCCCCAUGGAGAUUUGAUAAAAUUCCUCAAAGCAAUGCAAGAUUUGCUGAAAAAUGAAGAAAACCAAGAAGAGAUGAUCCUGGAUUUACUCUGGGACCUCUCCUGUCAGAGCGGCAUCUCUUUCCUGUCACCCCUCGGAGGGACCUCCUUCUCCUUCCUCUCAGGGACAUCACUGCACUCUGUCGAAGAUUACUCCUCUGUGGAUGUAAAGUCUAUUUGGGAUGAUGUAAGACUACAUCUUCGACGCUUCUUAGUGAACAGGUUAGAAAGCCAUAAUGAGAUGAACAAUUCACAGCAAAAAAUUGAACUGAAGAAUCACUGUCUGCAGCAACUCCUCCUGCUCUACUCCGAAUCUGACGUGCUCGCCAAGUAUGGAAGCAUACAGAAGAGGCUGCUGGCCAAGUUCCUGCGAGACUCCCUUCCCUCCUGCCACAGAGACGGGGACUUAGAAGGAAGUGCUAUUGGAUACCGAAGCGCGGUACUCGCGCUAUAUUCAAUGAUAGAAGAGGAUUUUAACAUUCUGUGUGAAAUUUUAGCGCCAUCCUCAAUGGUGCAAUUCAUUAAUGAAACUUACCUGGAUACAGUUACAGAAGAAAUGACAAAAAUUCUUGAAAAAUUUUGUGAGCUGCAGUUCAAAGAAAAUGUUCCUGUUCUUAAAACAAGCAAGAGCUCCAGCAAGCACAGAGGAACAGUGCAUGCUUUGGUCAGCCCUGCAUGCCCACAGAAGGGACGACGCCCUUCUCUGUCCUUAGAAGAACUCAAGUUCUUAUCACAGCUAAUGGACUCCUUUGUAAAGCUGGAGAACGAUGUUCAGGCGCUGUUUGAAGACAUGUUUUUAUUACUUAAGAUGCAUUCUCCAGGAAUAUUGGAGAAAUCUAAUAGGGAAGUCAUGGUAAAGAAACAUAUAGCAAAUGAAACCAAUGUUCCCCCAGAGCCAUUACUACCAGUAAAAGAGGCUACUUUACUAGAGUUUGGCUGGAGAGAUGCAUUUAAAGAAGUCUCUCUUGCCAUGGCACACUGCAUACCAUCUGCCAUUGAAGGUUUUUUCACAAAGGUCCUUCAUCAGGAACAAACUGAAAGGACCUCAGCUGUGAGCUACACUAUGAACCUUGUAAAUGCCCCGCAAGUUUGGCGAGAUGGUCACAUGUUUCCCGAGGAGGAACAACCGAAGAAAGUUGCCAAGUUUUGUUCUGACAUCAUGGAAAAGCUUGAUGCAAUACUUCCACUGGCUCUGGCAUGCAGAGAUGAUUCUCCUCAGGAAAUCAGAGGGAACCUGGCAGAGGCCUGCUGCAAAGUGGCAACAGCUGUCCUGGAAAGACUGCAGGAGAGAGGCAAGGAGGUUCCUUCCAGAGCACCCCUGAAGAACCUGCACAUCAUCCUGUCCUCGGCAGCUUACGUCUCCCAGCGUUUCAUGCACUAUGAUCAUCUGAUGAAGGAGACAACUAAAAAACCCAUAUUCCUGGUGCCUGUCCAGCGAUAUCAGGAAUUCAUCAACACUGUACAGUUUCAGGUUACGGACUACUGCGUCAGAGUUUGUGCUACAAGCAUUUUACAGGAUGCCGAGAGCCACCACUGGGAUGACUACAAAGCUUUUUAUGAGGGGGAAAGAUGCUCCUUCUCCAUCCAGAUGUGGCAUUACUUCAUCUGGGCUGUGCAUCACGAUCUCUGGACCAUACUGCCCCCUAAACUGGCCCAGGAGAUUCUAGCGGAGCUGCUGGAGAAAUCCCUGGGUCUCCUUGCCUCCAGAUAUGCCCAGGCCCAUCCGAGUCCCAAGAGAACUGCACAGAUAAGACUUGAUGUCACGGCAAUCUUAAUAUGCACUGAGAACAUAUUAUGGUCAGUUUGUAGCUCUGCACAAGAGAUUCAGAAUCCUCAUAAGUAUAACAACAACAAAAUUUUUAAAAUUCAUACUCACUGCAACAAUCUCUUUACAACAUUAGCUAUUUUGACAUCACCGUUGACAGAAUUAUAUAAGACUUUUCAGCAUGGUAUGGAUGAGUCGGCAUCAAGUUCCUUAACACCAUUGUUUAAUCAACCAUUCCACUGGAUUUCGUGCAUGUCACACUUCUACCCCUCUUUGCUCAGGCCGCCGUCAGCUGGAGGGCUGACCACCCAGGGUUUGUCGAAACUGCUCUUGUCCCAGCCGUGCUGUAAACAGAACCUGCUUCUAGAGACCCUGCUUCAUGGAGGCGGCCUCAUUCCAAGAAUCCUGUUGAAAAGUUCAGAACAAGCCACUGGCAUAGAAAAUAACCAGAAUGCAAGCUGCAGUGUGGUGGAAGCCAUCUUUAAGGUUCUGUACCAUUGUCACUUUUCUCCACGAACAUUUGCACACGUUUUCACAAGCUACAUGGAGGAACAACAGCUCUGGGACUUUCUAUACAACAUUCCAGUUUCAGUGUGUGCGGAGUACCAGCCAGAAGUCAUCCGCUGCCUGAGACUGGCCCUGAUGGACGCUGUCAGGGACACUGUGCAACAGAUAAUGUCCAUGAUGAGAUGUCGGAGAAACAAUGAGACAAACCUAAGCAAACCCCAUGUUCCCGAUCAGCUGCUUCAGAGCAUCCCACCAGAAUGGAAUUACACUCCAAGAGACUCCAAAGGGAAAGGGUCCAAUAAAGGCUUCACGAGGCUUGCUGCUCAGGCAGUAUCUAUUGUAAUCAGCAAGUUACCUACAGUGAUUGCAUGCUUGCCUCCCUCAAUUAAAUACUUCUUUUUUCUGUCUGAGAGAAAAAUGUCAAAAAACUUGCCUGAAUUGAAGAAAGCUGGCCUGCUUGUCUGGAACUUGAUUGUAAUUAUAUGUCGGAUAUUUGAGGAUGGGAACACAGUGGAACGUUUAACAGGUGCCUCCCUUGACAGAUGGAGUAAGGAGAAACUGGGUUUAAUUUGUGUGUGUUUGGAAAGUAUCCUUGGAGAGCGAAACAGUGCGAGUCAACUGACCCAAAAGGUCAUACUGCGCAUUGAGCAGCAGAAACCCAACUGGAUGGAGCGCCAGCUUCUGAAAGCAAGGACACUGAGCAUCAAAUGUGCAUUCAUGACGAUGGAGGAGAGCUCAGGCUUAGAAGGAGAUGCCGCUCUUGUACUGACUGAGCAGAAAACAAAUGCGACGGUCCUGGAUCUCUGCCACAAACCAGGUGGCAGUGAGUACCUGCAGCAAAUUUAUCACAUCAUGCGGCUCAAUGAGGAAUAUUUAAAAGAACAAUUGAGUGCUAUGAAUGGUUCAGAAGAGAAGCCAUUGGCAACCCGACCCGUGAAGACGGCCUUCAGACAUGAAGAUCCGCCUCCCACUUUCAACCCUCUCCAUGUGCACAAGGUCUUUACUGAAAACAUGCUAGAUCAGGCGGUCACAGCAACAUGGCGCUGGGACUGGUCAAACUUGCUGCCACACUACCUGGGACUGGAUAAGUCGACCUUUGGUGCACUACUCAAAAACAGGUGGGAAAUGAGGAAAGAUGAAAUACUGGAAGAGAAAGAAAAAACGAUGCUGGAACAUUUAAAACAAAUCUGUACUCUACAGGACUCUUUUGCGACAGACAGUGAAAACCAACAGUAAUCUGCAGAAACAGCAACAGUUUUAUUUGAAGCAACAGUCUUGUGCAGUGGAGGCAUUUACCAUUGUCAGAGGAACCCACACAUGCUUCAGAAUGCAGCCAGUGACCAAACAGCCUCUGUACUGCAAAGAAACACAGGGCAGAAAGAAUAAGAGACUCUGUAUUUCUUAUUUAAAAAAAUAAUUUUAAAUGGUUUUCUUUCCCAGUCUUUCUCCUUAUAUGAUAAAACUGCUGCCAUCUCGUGUUUCCUUUGAAAGUAUGUUUUUUUUUCUUCCUUUUAGUACUGAAGUAUCUAUGACAACAGGCAAAAUGUUUGGAAAUAUUUUCCCUAGGGAUUUCUUAUACUGUAUUUGGAUGUUAAGUUGACUGGAGUCCCCCUGAAGACAUCUGAAAAUUACAAUUUAAUUUCGUAGCUGUAGCCCAAGUCUGGAUCUUUAUUGCCUCUAAUACUCAUGAUUGGACCAGUUCCCCCUCUUCCCAGAUAACCUAUUCUUCAUCCACUUUAUCUUAAUCAUCACCACAGAAAAGGCACUGUCCUGCAUAUGACUGCUUGUAAUGACUGUCGCCCUCCUCCUAGACUUCAUUCCACUUAUAUGCUUUUACAUCCUGUACCAAGUAGCUCCAAUUCAGGCAAUCCCUAGCAUCCUUUUUGCUUUAAAAAAAAAAAAAGAUAAUUUUUUUCCUAACCAAAAACCAUCUUUCAAAUGUAUGUUCAAAGGUUAUCUUUCUGUACCUUUCAUUAUCUAUAAUGUCUGUUAUCUGAUUUCCAUUGCAUAUACGCGCGCGCGCACACACACCCACAGACACACAGACACACACACACAAACACACACACACACACAGACACACACACACACCCAGUGUGUGGAGCAGAGAGAGAGAGAGAGAAGUGUCCUACUACCCUAUCUGCCAAGUGCAAUUAUCUGUAUUUAGUCCUUUCUAUCAGUGCCUGAUGUUAGAUUAUGAAGAACUCGAAGGCCUUAAAUAUAUUAAGAGUUGCCCGUUAUAAAUCUGAAUAUGGUGCUAUGGGAUUACUCCGUGUGUGGCAGCAAGUAAACAGAGCUGAAUAAAUAACUACCAUUGAAAUACAAUAAACUGUCGACAAAGCAGCCUUGAGGACAAAGGGGAGAAGCCUCAUUGUGGACUAGAUCAUCUGGCAUGAAACAUCAUGUCUUCUGAUGUUCUCAGGAACUUAGUAAACUGUGUAAGAUCCCACAUUUUGUGGUCUUUAUGAAAUAUUUGUAGCUAUAUGAUUUCCUAAGAAAAGUAUCACCUAUGUUUCAAAGGGUGAGUCUACAGUUCAAAGGAGGCCACAGUAGAGAAAAUCUUAGAUUUGCACUUUCAGGAAAUUGAAUCACUGUGUAUCCAAAUCCCUCCCAAAUAACAAAUUUGAAAUAAAAAGAUAUAGAGAGAACAUGAAUUUGGAAGAGAACAUGGAGGGGUGUAUGGUAGGGUUUGGAUGGAGGAAAAGGAAGGGGGAAAUGAUGUAAUUAUUUUAUAACCUCAAAAAUAAAAGAAAUACCUUUUUUAAAAUGUACUAUAGUUGGCCUAUAUAGUUUGAAUCAUGUUUUUAAAUAUGGUUCAAGCAAUUUUAAAAACUAGACAGACUAUGAAGAGUGAACAUUCCACUUAACCAUACCUGUAAACAGUAAACACAAAGCUCAGUAUCAAGCCACAGCUGACGGGUCCUCCCGCUGUCUCGAAGGCUUAUGCACUUGGUCUCCAUACUGCAGCGCAGUGAGAAACAACUGAAAAGCCAAAGUAAAAAGAAAAAUAGAUCGACCUAAGUAAGCCAAAUGUUAGUCUAAGGUGAUGUGUCUAAGCUACUGUACUGCAUCUGUGCAUUUGUAUGGGAAUCUUGAGAAGUUACUUUGUUUCUUCAGAAAAAAAAAAAUGUGUCUGUCAUUUGAAAUGAAAAAACUGAGAGAAAACUUGCAGGUGAAUUCUCCUCCGUGCUUGGUCACUGAAAUUAACUAUAGUGAUACAUUCUGAAUGGUUCAUAAUUGGGAAUGGGAAAUGAUGGAAUUGGGUUCUCAGAUAAUUCUUACUCUCCAUGUUUUUAAGAGUAUGAUAACUAGGAUUCCAAAGCAGUUGUUUCUAUGAGUGGACAAUAGGAUUGAAGCCUUAGCAGAUGGUAACUCCUCAUAUGUUUAUUAAAAAAAAUAGUGUUUGUUGUGCUCUAUGUAACUGUAUCUUAUGUAAUUAUAGUUUGCUGUUUUAUUAUUGGUUUAGCAGCUUCUCUAUAGGAACAA